AUGCUCAAUUCACCUCCCAAGCAGAGCAGCGUCAUCUUCUCAGAAAAAGAAGAGCAGCGGCGGCGGGGAGGACGCAGAACCGGGAAGGGGAAAUGGCGGAAUCGAACUCGUACGAGGAGCAGCGCCGGAGGCAGAUCGAGGAGAACCGCCGGAAGCUGGAGGAGCUGCGGGUGCACCACCUCUCCGCCGCCGUCCGCGAGGCCGCCGCCAGGCCCAAGCCCAAGCCCAAGCCCAGGCCGAAGCCCAAGGCCCCGGAGCCCGGCGAGCUCCGGCGGUCCGGCCGCGUCGCCAGCCUCCCGGAGCAGCCCAACUACCUCAACGACGCAGAGCAGCGCGACUACCGUGGAGUGUACGAGGCAUACGCUGUUCGGAAAGGGCCGACCGACGAGCAGAGGGCCGGCGCCAUCGCCAAGGCCGAGGAACUCCGGCGCCGGAUCCACCGCUCCCGCUGCCCCGCCUUCGUCAAGCCCAUGUCCCACAGCCUCGCCAUCAAUGAAGUCCACAUGCGAAUCCCGAGGGACUUCCGCAAGUAUCUCCCGGCGGCGCAUGGUGAGGCGGUCGUGGUGGUGGAUGAGGCGGAUGACGAGUUCCACAUGAUGUAUAAUGCCUACAAAAAGCGCUGUCACUAUCUCGAAAAGGGGUGGAAAGGGUUCGCCUUCGACCAUGACCUUGUCGAUGGCGAUUGCUUGGUCUUCCACAUGACAGAGAGGGCAAAAUUCAAGGUCUACAUUUUUAGAGCAAACCCAGACUAUAAAAGUGACCAAACUUUUGAUGAAUCUGAGGAUGAAGAGUAAUGAAGAUGUGUGCUUCCAAUACAUUGUUCGGUCGGAGCAGGUACAUUGUUCUUACCAUUGUUUUCCUAUGUUGAAUUUCGUUCCAUCUCUCGCUUAGGUUGAAGCGUACUUGAAUUCAAUAUUUCUUUAUCUUUUGGCAAGGCAUCGAUUUCAUAAUUGACCAAGCUCAGUUUGUGGAUAAGAAAAAUACAAACUCACUUGCUUAUGAGUUAUGGCCACACAUAACCGUCUGUCCUACACUGGAGCUAGAUGUUUUGACGAACUGCACUGGCUGUUUCUCCCAUUUCCCUAUUGUUUUGAGAUUUCGAGCCUGACGAGUCAAACUGCAACCUUAUUUUGUUGCUUACUUAUGCUAGCCAUGACAAUACACGGGGAACUUUGGGACUUCUCAGUGGCCAAACGCCUGAACUAACUGAUGAACAUAUUAGAUGUGCGCGUAGAAAGUAAAAACUGUCUGGAUAGUGUUUCUCGAUAGGUAGGAGCAGGUUGUCUUAGACCCGAUGGUCUUUGCAAAGGUUCUACCUGUCUUGCCUCAGCCGUCCCCCUUAGACUUGAUCAGUACUUCUGUAGUACGCCCUCCCCUUAGAAUUAAUUUGGGACGCAGUAAUACUAAAUAAAAUGCUCUUGUAUACAGUUUGUCUAUCCGUAUAGAUGCUAACAUGUCAAAUAUGUCUUUUGUUGCAGUUUGUAGGAGAAACACGCUCUUGGCUGAUGUUGGAGUUGCCUACCGUGAUUGCAUGCUGGUUGCGUGUAGAGUCGCAUUCUCGAACCCAGUGUAGCAGGCCUGCAUUAUAACAUAGGUUAGAUGGGAGUAGUAGGUAGUGCAGGCCUUGUAUUGGUUGAACUACUAAACGGUUGUAGUCUGACUAUGGUCUCAAGUGCAUUUUUUCAUGCUGUUCCUGUUUA